AUGUUGAAGGGGUCUCUCCUGACAGCGACCAGGGACUGGGUAUUGUUUUUUCGUAAAAUUUUAAGAGGGUGGCGUGAGCGGAGGGACGUUGGUACCGUUACCCUUGGGUACUGUAGCAGGAAGGGAAAAGCCUUUUCGAAAGCGGGUGAGUCUCUCUUAGAUUAUCUGAGUGAAGUGGAUGGGCCGGUAACACCCACACUCUAA